AGUGGCAGCGUUGCCAGAUGUUUAAGUAAAACCACGCGAAAUUUGUCAAUAACAAAUAAAUAUGCCGCUGGAGCCCCAACGCUACAAAUACUACAAAACACAACUGAGCGAUUUAUUGCAGAGCGCAACAGCUCUCAUUCGCACCUACUACGACGCAUUAAGCUGCCAAGCACCACAGCUCAAUGUUCAAGCGAACCGCAUUUGGGAGCUCAGUCAACGACAACGUUUAGUCUCUGGAAUCAACGAAGCGGCUGCCGCUACACUGCUCUCAGCUUGCCAUGACGCUUAUCGACCCAUUUACCAGUUCAUAGACCAGCAGCAGAAAACUGUGGCUGAGGUUGCUAUCGUUGUGGCAGAUUUUGAGCGAGAAUGCCAGGCUCUGACAGCAGAGCUAGGACCGGCGGUAGAACUGAAACGAUGUACACUUACCGAAUGGAGCUCUUGGCUAGCACAAGCGCUUAGUGUGCUGCAAACGCAAACCAAAUUUUUGCAGCUGGAUUCACGUUCCCUUCUGCCUACGCUGGUGCAGAGCUCAGCAAUCAAACAGUUCACACAAGAUUUGGAGCUUACAACGCAUUACAAGGCUAAAAUUGUCCUGGGGUUAGCAGAAGCCCUGCGCCGACCAGAACUAUUGCCUUUGAGUUUGGCAACCUGAUGGGCUUCAUCCAAAUACACCAAAUAAUUUAUUAAGAAACAAAAGCGAUUUAUUUGUUUAAGGCUGUCAUCUGCAAUAAAUGAGUUUUUGUUGCCAAUUCUGUCUGGAUUACCUUUAGCAUUUUCAGUAGCUACCGCUUGACCCAAUCACAGGUCACUGAUCACAAAAACACAAAACAAAAACAAAAAAAAAAAAAAAAUCAAUACAACUUUCUUUGAAUUGUUGUUUUAAGCACUGCAAUACUUGAAAUUUAUUAAAACAUUUUUAAUUUGGUGUUGUGUUAUUCUUUCUGUAUGUUUAUGGUUUUUAUAUCAUCCUCUUGCAAGAAAUUGCCAA